AAGUUCAUGCAACAAGAAUCUCAGUGCAGCAAUAAUCUUUCUUCUGUGGCCAGCCUACUUUAUUCACGCAUAAAUAAGGACAACUGUGGCAGUUGGUGCAGGUUUUUGCUCUUAAAAAAAUAAAAACAACUCUUGGAUGUCCGAAGAUUGAGGAGAUACUCUGCUGUUUUGUUUUUUGACUUGAAAAAUUCUGAGACUCUCCUCCAGCUUUAAAGAUGGAGAGGUUCAAGUCUAACCGAGGGGCACACAUUAACUCCGGGUAUGAUGCCACUCUGGAUGAACCUCCAGUCUACGAAGAGACUAACUUUUCAAACGAGGAGCACCGGACUGUCCGGCCUUCAGUGAUGAGCGCCUUCGGUCAUGACACUUUGGACCGGGUUCCCAACAUUGACUUCUACCGUAAUGCGGGCAGCUUGAGCGGCCAAAGAGCUGUGAGACCAUCCCUGCAGGAGCUCCAUGAUGUGUUUCAGAAGGGACCAAUCUCUGUGCCAGAGACUGUGGAAGAUGAUUGUGAGAAGAGUGACGGGACCCCCUCUGAAGAUUUGGAGUCUGCUGUGCCCCUUGACAGCAGCAAAGGAGCUAUAAGAUUUGGCUGGAUAAGAGGAGUCCUGGUGAGAUGUAUGUUAAACAUCUGGGGUGUCAUGCUCUUUAUCCGCCUGUCUUGGGUUUUUGGUCAGGCAGGCUGGGGUUUGGGAAUUGUGGUCAUUCUCCUCAGUUGUGUGGUGACCACCAUCACGGGCCUUUCCAUGUCUGCCAUCUGCACAAACGGUGUGGUCAGAGGAGGGGGAGCGUACUACUUGAUAUCCCGCAGUCUGGGUCCAGAGUUUGGAGGGUCGAUUGGUCUCAUCUUUGCAUUUGCCAAUGCUGUGGCUGUGGCCAUGUAUGUGGUGGGGUUUGCUGAGACAGUGGUGGACUUGCUGAUUGAACACAAUGCCAUCAUGAUAGAUCCAAUUAAUGACAUCAGAAUCGUGGGAUGCAUCACGGUGGUGUUGCUUUUGGGCAUUUCUGUAGCAGGAAUGGAAUGGGAGGCAAAAGCACAGAUUCUUCUUUUAGUUAUCUUGCUGGUGGCUAUAGUUAAUGUCUUCGUUGGAACUGCCAUUCCCGCCACAGAAGACAAGAAAUCCAAAGGCUUUUUCAGUUACCAAUCGAAAAUAUUUUUGGAGAAUUUUACACCGGAUUUUAGGAAUGGUGAGACUUUUUUUUCAGUGUUUGCCAUCUUUUUCCCUGCGGCAACAGGAAUUCUGGCUGGAGCCAACAUCUCCGGAGACUUGCGGGAUCCACAAGCUGCCAUACCCAAAGGUACCUUGUUGGCCAUCUUGAUCACUGGUGUCACCUACCUCGGCGUUGCUCUUUGUGUUUCCGCCACUGUUGUUCGAGAUGCCACUGGAAACAGGAACAACAGCGUUCCUCUGGGCACGGUCUGCAAUGGUUCUUCAGCGAUCGCCUGUGACUUCGGUUAUGACUUCUCAUCCUGUGAAGUAGAAUCGUGCAAAUUUGGGCUGAUGAACAACUUCCAGGUCAUGACCAUGGUGUCCGGGUUUGGUCCCCUCAUCAUUGCUGGAACGUUCUCCGCCACUCUUUCGUCGGCCCUUGCCUCUCUUGUUAGCGCGCCGAAAGUUUUCCAGGCUUUGUGCAAGGACAAUAUCUACAGGGCCCUGCACUUCUUUGCCAAAGGACACGGCAAGAACAAUGAGCCCAUUCGCGGAUAUGUCCUUACCUUCAUCAUUUCUGUGGCCUUCAUUCUCAUUGGCAACCUCAACACCAUUGCUCCCAUCAUCUCAAACUUCUUUCUGGCAUCCUACGCUCUCAUCAACUUCUCCUGUUUCCAUGCCUCUUAUGCUCGGUCUCCAGGCUGGCGACCAGCAUAUAAAUACUACAACAUGUGGCUGUCUCUGUUCGGCGCUCUGCUCUGCUGCGUUGUCAUGUUUGUUAUUAACUGGUGGGCUGCCCUGCUCACAUACGGCAUAGAAAUCCUGCUCUACAUCUACGUCACAGUCAAGAAGCCAGAUGUGAACUGGGGUUCGUCCACUCAGGCGGUGACGUUUGUGAGCUCAGUCAGCAAUGCACUCUCUCUGUCUGGCGUGGAAGAUCAUGUGAAGAACUUUAGGCCUCAGAUCUUAGUUCUGACAGGAUCUGCACAGAACAGGCCUCCUCUUCUGGACCUUGCUCACUCUUUCACAAAGAACUAUGGACUCUGUAUCACUUGUGAAGUUUUUGUGGGCCCAAAAUCUGAAGUUCUUCCUGAAAUGAAUGCUGGAAUGGAGUCGAACCAACUUUGGUUGGUGAAGCGGAAACGCAAAGCCUUUUACGCUGCUGUGGCCUGUGAAAAUUUCAGGGAAGGGACUGAGACCCUGCUGCAGGCUUCUGGUCUUGGACGCAUGAAACCAAACACAUUAAUGAUUGGCUUCAAGAAAAACUGGCAGACGGCGGGCAAGGAUGAAGUGCAGAGUUAUGUGGGAAUACUUCAUGACGCCUUUGACUUUGAGUAUGGAACAGUGAUGCUGAGAAUGGAUGAAGGUCUGGAUGUGUCGCAUAUCAUCAAGGCAGAAGAUGAGAUGCUUAAAGCAGCAAAGGAGCAGCGUGAAAAUGAAAUGAUGGCAAAUGGAACGAAAGGAAAAGGACUUUUUAGGAAAUCCAGAAAGCCAUCACAGCAAGUGCUCACAACCAGAGUUUCAGUGAACGGCGUCCCACCACAGAUUGCAAAGAUGAAUGAGAAGCUGAUGGAGUCCAGCAGUCUGUUCAAGAAGAAACAGCCCAAAGGCACCAUUGAUGUGUGGUGGCUGUUUGAUGAUGGAGGUCUUACCCUGCUGCUCCCCUACAUCCUCACUACCAGGAAGAAGUGGAAAGACUGCAAAUUGAGGAUUUUCAUUGCAGGGGAGCCCGGGCGGAGUGAGGCAGAUAAAGAGGAGAUGAAGUCUCUGCUGCAUAAAUUCAGAAUUAAGUGCAGCGACAUCAACGUGAUCGAUGAGAUCCACAUCAAACCCAGCGGUGACAGCACGAGGACGUUUAAGGAGAUGAUCGACCCCUUCCGUCUGCACGAGGGAUCAAAAGACACGGCUCAUGCUGAAGCCAUGAAGAAAGAGCACCCCUGGAAAAUAACAGACCAAGAGCUGAGCAAUUUUGAGGAGAAGACCAACCUGCAGAUGCGACUCAAUGAGGUUCUCCAGGAAAACUCCAAAUCAGCCAAUUUGAUCAUUGUGAGCAUGCCCAUUGCUCGUAAGGGAUCCGUCUCUGAUUACCUCUAUAUGGCUUGGCUAGACGCUCUGACAAGGAACCUUCCACCUACUCUGCUCAUCAGAGGCAACCAUAAGAGUGUCCUUACUUUCUACUCAUGAGUAGCUUGAACCCUAAAAGGAGAGCUGUGGCCAAGACUGUGGAGGAUGUUCAGUCUUCCAGUUCGACACCAAAAUAAAAUUCAUCAGACAUUGUCUUUCGGAAAAAAAUUGCAAAAGAUACUAUCAAGCACAAAAGAAAGUUAAAUAUGUCAAAAUGGAACCAGUAACUUGGUUUGACUUUAUGGUCUGAAGUCGUUUUGUCACAAAGGCUUGAGGCAAUUUAUGUAAUAACAUUCAUCAAGAAUAUUAUAUUGUAAGACAUUGCAGCCAGCUCCUCAACAAGCUCUUCUGCACAAGCAUAUUGUGUGACCUCAGAGAAAAGCAAUCCUGCUUUUUCAGGAUUUCUUUAUUGCAUUUGAUCCCAGUCAAAAACACCUAACUGGAUAGGUAGAGUUAGAGGCAAACACACUGUGCAUUAGUCACUGUAAAAUACAUGUAUAUAUAACCCUAAAAUUGAUAAUUUUUGAACAAAGAAAGCUUUCACAAAUGAUUAUUGGCUAAGGUAAUGCAAAUUCUAUGAGCACUGUGUUAAUGAUGAGUUAAUUUUCUUUUCUUAAUUUUGAUGUUCACUGGAUGUAGCGUGCAUUGCCCUCAUGCAAUUGUUUACCUGAGCCACUUUAGUCACUGUCAUGUUUUCAAGUUACAAUCAUAAUCCAUAUUUUUUAACCAAAUCAUCUGAUGCAAAAGUACCAGAAGACCAACUAUGCUGUAUAUUUCACCAAUUUCCUUGUUCUUCUUAUUUAAUUAACAGAUGUGAUUACCUGAGAUACAGCACAACAUAAUGUAUGAGCAGGUGUUCUUUCAAAUCUUGCUUGCUGAUGUGUUAUUUUAUUAAUGAAAGUAUGUGGGCAUUUUGUUUGUUUGAGUAAAAGUUUGUUUGUUAAGUGUAACGUAAAAAUCCCUCCCCCCACAUUUAUAAAUAUAUUAAACUUUUAUGUAACAGACAAGUA